UUUUUUUUUUUUCAUUUUUUAUUUUCUUCAAUCUCUAUUCUGUUUUCAUAUAAAGAAUGGCCAAUUCUAAAUAUGAAUAUGUCCGACAUUUCGAAUUAGCGGAUAACAUGCUACCUAAUACAUGGCUUGUUGUUCGUAUUGAUGGCCGUGGAUUCCAUAGAUUUUCACAAGCACAUAAUUUUGCAAAACCAAAUGAUAGGCGAGCGAUUGAUCUUAUGAAUCGUUGUGCUAUUGAAGUUAUGAAGGAUAUCAAAGAUAUUAUUCUAGCCUAUGGUCAAAGUGAUGAAUAUAGCUUUAUUAUACCAAAAUCAUCAACAUUAUAUUCUCGUAGAUCAAGUAAAAUUUGUUCUACGAUUGUAAGUCUAUUUGCCUCAAAUUAUGUAAUGCAUUGGGCAGAAUAUUUUGGUGAAACCAAACUACAAUAUGCACCAUGCUUUGAUUCCAGGACAGUUUGCUACCCUAACGAUACAGUUUUACGUGAUUAUUUAUGUUGGAGACAAGCUGAUUGCCAUAUUAAUAAUUUAUUUAAUACUACCUUUUGGGCUCUUGUUAACCAAGGAGGAUUAUCUGAAGAAGAGGCAGAAAAACGCUUAAGAGGCACAUUUUCAAAAGAUAAGCAUGAAAUUCUAUUUACACAAUUCUCUAUCAACUAUAACAACAUAGAGCCUAUUUAUAAAAAAGGUUCAACCAUUAUUCGUAAGAAGACAGAGGUCACUUCUAUUUCUCCAAAUUCUGGUGAAGAAGUAAAACGAAUGAAGUUAGUGCCUACUGCUAUCUAUGAAGAUAUUAUAGGGGAUGCAUUUUGGGAAGCUCAUCCUGAAUUGCUUAAAUAGAAUAGACAUUUUAUAUAUUUGUGUAUGUAAUAGAAAAAAAAUUUUAUGUACAUGUGUAUAUAUGUAUGUAUAUGCAAAUGUAUAUGUAUACAGAUAUGUAUAUAUAUAUAUAUAUUUUUGUUAUCAAAUAUAAUGACAGCAUUACUUUUAAUGUUUGUAAAAUGACCAAAG